AUGGCAUAUCCCUGCUUCACCAAGGUAUACCGCAAGACCACGUAUCCAGCAAUUGAUCCCUCGCGGCCCGGGCUGUCAGCAAAGGACAAGACCGUGGUCGUGACGGGCGCAGGCCAAGGAAGCAUCGGCGCUGCCGUCGCUUUAGCAUUUGCAAAAGCCGGCGCCCGGAAAAUCGCCCUGGUGGGCAGAACGGAGGAGACUCUCCAAAGGACAAAGACAGCAAUUGACCAGUCAUAUCCCGAUGCCACGGUUCUGGUAUCCGUCGCAGAUAUCUCGAGGACGGAGAGCGUUGGCAUGGCUGCACAUCACAUCCGAACAGAGCUGGGGGCCUGGGACGUCUUUGCGAAUUGUGCAGGGUACUUACCAGACUUGACCACGCUCGCGGGAGCAGACGAGGACGACUGGUGGAAAGCAUUCGAGAUCCACGUCAAGUUCUCGGCCCACUUUGCAAAGCACUUCUUACCAAAAUGCCGUCCGAAUGCGACGUACAUCGGCACCAACGCUGCGGCCUGUCACCUGCGAGCCUCCCAUUUCCCCAAAAGCUCGGCCUACUUGGCCUCCAAGUUGGCCAUGACCAAGCUCGACGAGUAUCUCGCGGAGGAGAAUCCACACCUCCGAGUAUUCACGGUCCACCCGGGUGUCGUCGCCACCAGGAUGACCGAGAAAGUCAUGGGCAAUUUCGAUAAGCUUCCAGCAGGCGACUUCUUGGACGAACCAGAACUGCCCGCGAAUUUCAUGAUCUGGCUCGCGAGUCCCGAGGCCGACUUUCUCAAGUCCGGGAGAUUUUUGUGGGCGAAUUGGGAUGUCGAGGAGUUGGUUGCCCGCAAGGCAGAGAUUGAGGCGGAUCCGACGCUGUUCAGAAUCACCAUUGGAGGGUGGCCGUUCCAGUAA